AUGUUGGCUCUGUUCAUUGCUCUACUCGCUGCGGCGUGGUUGACUGCCGCGCAGGACGCAACCGGCGCCAAUUCGAGGCGCUCGACAUAUACCGUCCAUGCCGCUGUUGUAUUCACGCGGACGGGAGAGCGCACGCCCUGGCUGAACAACAAUGAGAGAUCCCAGAUAACAUCUCUAGGCGCGCAUCAAGCUUUCACUGCCGGCGAGGCUCUGCGAAAGCACUAUAUAACCGGCGAUGGUGACAAUCUUAGCAGUGCGCACAUCAAGGGGUUGUCGCCGUACAUCAUAGACAACGGGGAGCUCUACAUCGCAGCCACAGAGGAGCAGUAUACCAUCGCGUCCGCGGAAGCAUUCCUGCAAGCACUUUACCCACCUGUUACGGUCAACAUGAGUACUGCGAACAUGCUCGACUCCUCAUCCAUCCUCUCAAAUAGCACUUACCUGGAGUAUCCCAUGGGCGGUUAUCAAUAUCCCAAAAUACGCAGCGCCGGCAUCCUGGACCCGAACUCAAUUUACCUCUCCGGAUCUUCCGCAUGCGUCAACCACGCCGUCAGCGGCGCCGAUUACUACACCAGCCCCGAAUUCAAGGCGAUGCAGAUGGCCUCUGGCAGCCUAUAUGAGCGCGUCGGAGAAGCCGCCUUGCCUCAGACCUUAUUCCCUGACAACUCAUGGAACUACGGCAAUGCAUACCCCAUCUACGACUUCCUCAGCUACCAAUUCAACCACGACAAACGCACCUACGACAUCCUAACCGGCGCCACGAACGCCUCUAUGGCAGGCGCCUUCCGCCAACUCCGCCUCCUAGCCGAUAAGCACCUCUGGGCACUCUACGGAAACCUCUCCGCCAGCGCCGUGACGCCCGGCGACCAAAUCCGUGCCAUAGCGGGCAAGACACUCGCAGCCAAAGUGCUCGGCUUGCUGAACAACGUGGUCACCAAAAAGGGCAACGGGCCUAUCCUCUCGCUCAUGUUCGGCGAGUUCCAGCCGCUGCUCUCCUUCUUCGCGCUCAGCAAGCUGAACAUGCACCGCUCCGACUUCGCGGGGCUGCCACAGUGGGGCUCUUCGGCCGUCUUCGAGCUCUUCUCCUAUGCCGGCGACGGCGCGUUUCCUGACCCAGAGGACCUCUGGAUCCGCUUCUGGUUCCGUAACGGCACGGCCGACGAUGCGGAGAUGCGCGCUUAUCCGCUGUUUGGCCGCGGCCUGAGCGAGACGGACAUCCCGUUCGAGACCUUCCUGGAAGAGAUGCUGCGUAUCCAGAUUAGCAGCGCUGGUGACUGGUGCGAGGAGUGCGGCGCCUACAGCAUCUGGUGUCCGGCCUACAAUGAGGAUACCGAUGCGUUGCCCGCCGGCAGCGGACGGCGAUCACGCGAGGCCGGCAUGACGCCGCAGGUCGCGGGAGUGAUUGGUGCGGCUGUUACGCUCGGCGUGCUCGGUCUGGCCGUCGCGGCCGCGAUGCUGUUCGCCGGCGUCCGCUUUCGCCGUGUGGGUCGCAGCAAGAAGAGCGAGUUGGGUGGAUUCAAGGGUUCGCGGAAACUGGCGAGCGAUGCUGAUCUUACGCUGCCGAAGGGGGGCGCGGGGAUUACGGUAACACCGAGCCCCGCGGGAAAGGAGAGGGUCGGAAGCUGGGAGCUGAGGACGAAAGAGGAGAACAGGUUCGGGAGUCUGGGGAAGGAUGUAGAUGUAAGGGAUAGGAAGCCCAGCUUUGAUGCGGAUGAUAUUGCGGUUACGCCGUUUGCGGAUCCGGUGAAGCCUCAUGAGAGGGUUUAG